GGAGGGGUGAGACACUUCUCCUCUCUAAGAGCAUUAACUGUUGAGUGUUCUGCUGGUGACAGGGCUGUCAGGGUCAGAUGGCUGCUCAGCCAGAUUAGGCCAGCUCACAGCAGAUCUCUUGCACAGUGCACUGCUGCACUGCCACAGCAAACCAGCGCUCCAGAGCUACAAGUAGACCAUACUGAGCAGACAGGCUCAGGACCACAACACUUCAGACUGGUUACUGCACGUAUACAGCUGUUACUCAAAAGGAUUUUCUCUCUGAGCUGCAGAUAUUCAAGCUUCGAGUUGCAGAGAGCAACUAAAAACACUCGGGCUUUACUGCUGCAACAAGACGAACUGAUAUUUUCUAUGUUUUUGGACAUGAUGCGGCAGAGCUAAGUGAUUUUAAAAGGGAAACAGACGGUCCAUCACCUGCGGUGGCACCUGUUUCUCCAACUCAAACUGCCCUGAGGUAAAAGAAAAGAACUGCUGGUUGAUGGAGUUUGUGCGGCGGAGUGGUGACUAUUGCCACGCCCAACACAUUUAGACACAUGUGGCUGCACCAUGCGGUUCUGGGGCCCUGAAUCUUGAACAACCUUUGCCCUUACAUCUCUGACCCAGCCGGCUCAUGGGGUAAGACGUGGAGCCCACCUAUCUGGCACGAGAAGGAAAGAAAGACACCAACGGAGAGAGAGAAGAACUGAAGCAGUGACAAACAGAGAUAAGAACAAAAAGACACUGUUAACUGCUGGAUUAUAACAUGAUUCUGUCAACUGGUUGAAGAUAACACAGCCUCAGAAUUUGGAAAAUACCUUAAACGCCAAUAGACAAUCUUGGGACACCUGGUGAGCUGAUACGAUUGGGAGCUGGAGACGCAGAAGAAAACUGCUGAAGCUAAAGGUCGGCGGCCAUCGUGGGACAUUCAGGCCAACAUGAACCGUCCAGCUCCAGUGGAACUGUGCCACAAGAACAUGAGAUUCCUGAUCAUGCACAACCCCACCAACAGCACGCUCGGCUCCUUCAUAGAGGACCUGAAGCGUUAUGGCGCUACCACAGUGGUUCGAGUCUGUGAUGUCACCUACAACAAAACGCCACUGGAGAAAGACGGCAUCACUGUGGUGGAUUGGCCCUUUGAUGAUGGAGCCCCGCCCCCCAGCAAACUGGUUGAUGAUUGGUUGAGUCUGCUGAGGAAGAAAUUUCAGGAGGAUCCGGGAUGCUGUGUGGCUGUACACUGUGUGGCCGGACUAGGAAGGGCUCCUGUGCUGGUCGCUGUGGCUCUGAUAGAAAGUGGGAUGAAGUAUGAAGAUGCUAUUCAACUCAUCAGGCAGAAGCGUCGAGGAGCCAUCAACAGUAAACAGCUGACGUACCUGGAGAAUUAUCACUCCAAGCACAGACUCCGCAUCAAAGACUCACACGGACUCAAGAUCAAGUGCUGCACCAUGUGAACGCCACUGACACACACACACACAUACACACACUCCUGGUACCUGGUGUGGACAAACACCCUCAGGGAUGUUAUGACAUAAGCCUUGUCAUUUCUGUACACACACUUCUUUGCAUUACUGUGAGUGGCAUCAGUUUCCUGAAGAACCCUAACGAUGACUGGACCCAUGACACCCUUAAAACCUCAACUCAGGGUUAUGAAAAUCCCAUGAGCGACUUUGGCCUAGUUCAUCUUUUCUGAAAGUAUCUGUUAAACAAUCACUUGUUUCAAUCCAUUGUUUUUGGAAGGUUAUUUGAUAAAAGUACUUUUUUGUCCUUGAAGAUGAGACAGGUGUCACUUAAAUCAACUGUGGAAUGUGCACCCCCCCCCCAAAAAAAAAAAAAAUCCAUCUGUCUGUGCUGCAGGUUUUAGGUUCAUAAAGGAACACUUCAGUGGCAGACCAGAGUUCCAGCAAAAGUCUUGCUGUUAAUUAUUAAAUAAAAAGUCAAAUGUUAGAUUCUGAUUAUGUGGCCUUGCUAUAAAAAUCUAAACAAAAAACUUGCUGGGUCAAAUUUAAAAUAUGAAAU